CGAGUCACUCAACUCAACUCGGCUAAUAGAUAUCCGGACCGCCCACACCCGCAUAGUAAACCCUCGAUACACACACAUAACAUAUCAUCUACGCCUCUGCAGUCAGCUCUUCAGUUGGAUCCCUACACCUUGAAAAGCUAAGUAUGUCGGACGAAGAGCAUCAGUUUGAAUCAAAGGCCGAUGCAGGUGCUUCCAAAACCUACCCUCAGCAAGCCGGUACCAUCCGCAAAGGCGGCCACAUCGUCAUCAAGAAUCGUGCUUGCAAGGUUGUAGAAGUUUCCACCUCCAAGACUGGCAAGCACGGUCAUGCUAAGUGUCACUUUGUUGCAAUUGACAUCUUUAAUGGGAAAAAGCUUGAAGAUAUUGUGCCCUCGUCCCAUAACUGUGAUGUUCCUCAUGUCAGUCGUACUGACUACCAGCUAAUUGAUAUUUCUGAGGAUGGAUUUGUGAGUUUGUUGACUGAAAAUGGCAACACUAAGGAUGAUCUGAAGCUCCCAACUGAUGAUGCUCUCCUGACACAGAUCAAGGAUGGAUUUGCAGAGGGUAAGGACCUGGUGGUGAGUGUGAUGUCAGCGAUGGGGGAGGAGCAGAUUUGUGCUCUUAAGGACAUUGGCCCCAAGUAAACUCGUACACCAUCAUUGGCAGCAGCAGGAAACGCUUUUGCUGUUGUAUUUCUGUUUGGGCAUCUUAAGGUUUUUAUUUCCAUGUAAUGUACUUCGAAUUUCUUUUAUUGCAGCAGCUAUGAUAUUGGUUUAGGGCUGCAAUUAUGAUAAUGUUGUCUGUGGUUUGUGUUUUCUAAAUUCUUACCUUUUAAGGUAUUGAAAUACAAGGGUGUUGUUGCUAUGGUC